AUGGCUUCUCGUGCUUUUACCCGUUCAUUGGCCACUGCCACCAAGUCUGUCAAACCUCCAAUUCAAUUGUAUGGUCUUGAUGGUACUUAUGCCAAUGCUUUAUAUUCAGCUUCAGUUCAAGAUUCAUCAGUGGAAACUUCAUUCCAAUCUUUAUCAAAGAUCAAUACCUUAAUUGAAACUGAUCCUAAAGUCAAGGAUUACUUAACCAAUCCAGCCUUAAGUAAACUCGAUAGAGCUGAAGUUAUCAAGAUUGUUUCAUCCAAUUUAAAAUUAGAUGAAACUACAACUAAUUUCUUAACUGUUUUAUCUCAAAAUAAUAGAUUAGCCAAUUUUAAAUCAAUUUAUGAAAAAUUCGCUUUAUUAAAUGAUGCUCAUAAUGGUGUUGUUGAAGCUAAAGUUACUUCUGCUAAACCAUUAGAUUCUAAAAUUUUAAAAAGAUUACAAACUGCCAUUCAAAAAUCAGAAUUCAUUGGUGAAGGUAAAACUUUAAAAUUAUCUAAUCCAAUCAAUCCAGAAAUCUUAGGUGGAUUAGUAGUUGAAGUUGGUGAUAAAACUGUUGAUUUAUCAAUCCAAGCUAAAGUUGCCAAAUUAAACCAAAGUUUAAAAGAAGCCUUAUAA